AUGACUCAUCCAUCAAAAAGAAAAGCUAGAAUUAAAGAGCAAGAAAGAAACGGUGAUGAAACAUUUGCAAAGAAAUUACGAAUAGAUGAUUUUGAUGAUUGGGAAAAUGAUAAUGACAGCGGUUGGGAUGAAGAUGUUAGCAAAACGCAGACCUUACCUUACUGGAAAAACCAAAAAAUCAACAUAUUUGAUAAAUAUAAACCAAGUGGCUCCUUUACAAAAGCUGCGAAAGGAACUGCAAAUAUAUUAACACUUAUAAAUAAACAUAAAUCAAUUCCGGCUGAUUUUAAUGAAGUUUUAGAUGAUAUGGAAAUUGAUAAACUUAACUAUAUGUCUCUUAAUCUAAAAGAAAGAAUCGAAAAUUUGAAAGUUGAACUUAAAGAAAAACAAAAGUCAUUAACAGCUGUUUAUAGGUGA